GCCAAUUCAGCCACUUUUGCUGACGAGAAACAGAGAGGAAAAGAGGGAGAGGAAGAGAGAAGUUGAGCGAGAAGGGCAGCAGGCGCUCGGCAGCUAAAAUUGGAAGGAAAAGUGAGAAAAAAUAAGAGAUUUUGUGGAUUAAUCGGUGUUUAAAAUAUCCGGCGGGAGUAUGAGAGAAGUUACGAUCGGCUGUCUACAGUCCCUCGAGAAGAAAAUCAAGCUUUCAAACAUGGAGAAAAUAGAGGCUUGGACAGAAGAGGGGGAAAAAAAAAAAACCAUGGACACAUUGUUCUAUGCUCUAUGCCUCGAGGAAUUCAACCAGGUGUCUACUUGCAAGACCGCCAAGGAAAUUUGGGAUAAAUUGAAGGUCACUCAUGAAGGUACUAGUCAAGUCAAGAAAAUAAAGCUGUCGACAUCUCCCCUCGCCUGCCUCCUUACUCCACUGUCUCCCUCGUCUGCCUGCUCGCCGUCACCACCCUCUCCCCUGCCCUGGGAACUUGCCACCUUUCCUGCAGGUUGUAGCACUGCGGACCAUCGUGUGUUUCUACCACGGCCCCCACGUGUCGUUGCGAUGGCGGCGUGGCCUGCCAACCACCUCGUUUGUUUGUUUGGAUAAUAUAUUUAAAAUCAAUUUAGUCUGAACUGGAUGAACACCCUCAGUCGUUUCAAUUCUUUUCCUUUCACCCCUCCAAAUUAAGCAUUAUAAAUAAUCAAAAAUAAUCUGUUGCCUGAUGCGGGCGACGAUCUU